GGUCUAUCGGGCUCGCUCGCUCUCUUGCGUUUCUCUCCUCUUCUACCGUAUGUGAUGCCAUGCAUUCCCCUCUCUCGAACGGACCGAUAAUUUUAGAUUCUCGGCGCAGUGGCUCGACACUGCCACUGCUCAGCCUGCGCCGCGCACUCCGAUAUCGACAUUCGACGUCCGCUUGCACACGCGACCUGACCGAAACCCCGAGGGAGAGUUCCAGGGGACCAGAACGUGGAGAGGGCAGAACGAAUGCACCAGCUGAGUCAAACCUCCCCUUUGCGUCCUGGGGGUACCUUGCUUCAUCCACGGCCUGGUCUGCAUUCCUCCCUUUAUCUCCUCUCUCCAAUCUUUUCGUUUCUUUCACAGUACCAAACUUACCGUUUUCUAAAAUUUAUUUUCCAUUCUUUCCAUUCGCUCGUCUCGCUGCGUAUUAAUCUAUGCAUGUUGCCUCCUUGCUGCAACAAUGACGCAGCUCCACUUCUAUUGAAAGACAGGGAGGGAAGGUAGAAACGUUAUAACAUGCAGUUUUCUCGCAACUGGAUGUAGCGUUUUACGGUGAUACGAAAUAUUUCUAUGAACCUCCUAAGGGAUCAUUACUUUUUAAUCGUACUUACAAAUAUGAUCAUUUUCUGUCUCUCUAUCCAUCAACUGAAUUACAUGCAUUGUCGUUGGAAUCGUCCGAAACUGCUGAAAGCAAAUUUCCCGUUAAAAUAACCCGCAAGAUACAUAGAUUGAGAGCUGCUGUUAUUCGAUUCUAAGCCGCUCAACCAGAAACUUUCUAACUCGUGUUCUAAUGCGCGGGUCAAUAUCUCCGCUGGCUAUUCUUAAUGAUGACACGUGCAACGUCUGAAACAUUUUUCGCUAGGACGAAGAAAUAAUUAAUUAAUAAACAAUUAUAUUUAUUAAUUAAUUAUUGACACUAGCGAAAAAAGAUUUAUACAGAAGUUGUAGUCAUUGGCAUCCUCUACAAGAAAGGAUCUAUGACUUUGCCUUAUAACUCCAGUAUUUAACAAAUUAAGCAUAAUUAAUCCGGCUGUAAACAAACUUUUAGCAAAAAUAAAUUAUUUUUCUUCAAAUACUCCUGAACCUACGGGAAAAUUGCAUACAACCUUAUUUUUAGGUGACGACCAGAGGUUCAACUUUUGUCUGAAACAUUUCUCGCUAGCAAAAAACGACAUUUAUUGCAAAUUACUCAUUAAUUAUUGAUACUAGCAAAAGAUGUUUCAUACGAAACUACACAAAGUAUGAUAGUGGUUUGCUUCCUAUUUCUUCCUUUCGAAUUUAAAAAUAUUAACUUGGACAGUUGUGCCAACGUAAACUCGAUUUUUCUACUGGCUUCAUUCGAUGUCCGAUUCAAACAACUGACACUGCCGUUCCCAUUGUGGUCUCCCCACCCCACAUUUGAUAGUUUAGUGUGGUUUAGUGCGAGUACGCGUCCCUUCGUUUUUGUGAUCGACGAACAAUAUUUAACAAUGAAAACGUCAAUAUUUUAUUUAAUCUUCAGUUUUAUCUUCUGUUACUUAUCGUUCAGCCACGCCCUUGAAUGCUAUGUAUGUACUGAUCAAGAGGGUAACAGAGAGAAGUGUCUGAGGAGCACGAAGACCUGCGAGCAAGGCCAGGACACUUGCUUGACAGAAAUUAAAUGGGGAAGUACACCGUACUGGUCGCAGGGCGCAAAGAAACAGUUCUACGUUUCGAAGCGAUGCGCGACGAAGAAAGAAUGCGAGAGGAUAAAACACGCGAACAUGCCAGAUUGUACUUAUAUAUGGUACCAAGACUGGAAGUGUUCGGAUUGUUGCCAAGGAGAUAAAUGCAAUUACUAUGUCAUUUUAUCAAACAUGAAGAAGUGGAAACUGCAAAGUUUAUACGGGACGUUCAGUCGAAAAAAGGAAGUGAACCUUUCGCAGGACACGAAACUUCCGAGGUAUUUGUCUACCUUAGAUCUGACGGCUCUCGGAAUCGGUUCGACCCUCGGCGUAGGCAUUUACGUACUCGCCGGAUCCGUUUCGAAAUCGAUCGCCGGUCCUGCCGUGAUCAUUUCAUUCGCUAUUGCCGCGAUCGCUUCCAUGUUCGCAGGUCUGUGCUACGCGGAAUUCGGUGCGCGAGUCCCACGUGCCGGAUCGGCUUACGUAUACAGCUACGUAACAAUGGGUGAAUUUACGGCGUUUGUGAUCGGUUGGACGUUAAUUCUCGAAUACGUGAUCGGUUCAGCUAGCGUGGUAAGAGGAUUGAGUACUUACGUGGACGCGUUGUUCAACAACAGCAUGAGGAACGCGUUCGAAUCGGCGGCUCCUAUCGACAUCAGCCAUCUCUCUUCUUAUCCCGAUUUCUUCGCUUUCGGAGUGACACUGAUCUUCUCCGCCGCGUUAGCAUUUGGCGCGAAGGAGUCAUCAAAAGCAAACAAUUUUUUCACCCUCGUGAAUCUAUUGGUGGUCCUCUUCGUGAUAAUCGCGGGAUCAUUGAAAGCCGACGUAAGCAAUUGGAAAACGAAGCCCACGUGCACCGAGAAACAGUGUGAUUACGGUAGCGGCGGAUUUGCUCCUUAUGGCAUAGCAGGUAUCAUAACGGGGGCGGCUACGUGCUUUUACGGAUUCAUCGGUUUCGAUUGCGUCGCUACCACCGGAGAGGAAGCGAAAAAUCCGCACAAAUCGAUCCCGAUCGCAAUCGUCGUUUCGCUGACCGUCGUCUUCCUCGCUUAUUUCGGAGUCUCCACGAUUUUAACCACUGUUCUACCCUAUUACGAGCAGGACCCGGAUGCCCCGAUUCCUCACAUGUUCGACUCCAUCGAUUGGAGUUGGGCGAAAUGGCUGGUAACGAUAGGCGCUAUUUGUGGCCUAUGCGCGAGCUUACUGGGCGCUAUGUUCCCUUUGCCGCGAAUCAUUUACGCGAUGGCAUCCGACGGAUUAAUAUUCGAAUGGAUGGGCAAAGUGAACUCCCGAUUCCACACGCCGCUGAUGGGUACUUUCUCAGCCGGGAUUCUUACAGGUGUGUUAGCAGCAAUAUUUGAAUUGACGCAACUCGUAGGUAUGAUGAGCAUCGGAACGUUGCUCGCAUAUUCGAUCGUCGCUAUCUGCGUACUGAUACUUCGGUAUGAAGAGAGCGAAGCGUAUUUGAAAAAAGGAGAUCAUGACCCAAGAACCUUGACGUACAUCACUAAACAGUUGAUUAACGCUAACGGAUUGAAUUAUUCCACGAGGUUGACUUCUCAAAUCGUUACGUGCCUCGUCGUAUGUUACGUUUUUCUGUGCAUUUGUACUGGUAUUAUAGCCUCGAUAUUUCCUGACGAAAUAACAAACGGCGCAAUAGCAUUCGUUGUUCCAUUAGCUGUUUUAAUAUUACUUAUGUUCGUUACGCUUACGUUCAUCUACCUUCAACCGACCUCGGGGAAGAAACUCGCAUUUUCGGUUCCGCUGGUACCAUUUUUACCUGCGCUGAGUAUCAUCAUCAACAUUUAUCUAAUGAUGAUGCUGGAUAAAAUGACAUGGGUCAGAUUUUUAGCGUGGAUGACAGUUGGGUUUGGCAUAUAUUUCUUCUACGGUGCCUGGCAUAGUAAGAUGAGGAAGACGAAAAGCGUGAAAUCGACCGAGAACGGCGGCACCAACGAAGAGCCAUGGAAAACGAAUGAAGUUCCUAGGCUCACGUAACCUAAGUAUACGGGAUUACAAUUAAUAAUAAACAAAUGGUUUUGUAUCAAAUUUGAUAUUUUAUAAAUGUGUCAUAUUGUAUAAACGAUAUAGUUAAUUAGAAACCGUAGUAUAAAAUAUAAAAAUAAAACUAAUAUAGUAAUUCCAUAGAAAAAUAAAUUAUAUUCUGUUACUA